ACACUCCUAUUGCUAACGACAUCUACCCAAUGUCGUUUGCACUUCCGGGAUUGAUGAUAAUGAAGAAAAAAAGAGUAAACACAUUCAAUUAAUGAUAUUUGAGGAUGGCAGCCUCUAAUUUAAAUGCGGAAGAAGAAAAGCUUUUAAAUACUUUCACGGAGAAAGUAAAUGCUUACCGUCAACAUGAACAUCAGCCUCCAUUGCCGAGAAAUACAGCAAUCAAGUUCCUCAUGGCAAGAAAGUUUGAUUAUCACCGUGCAGUGGAACUAUAUUUAUCUCAUGAGGAUAUGCGAGCUAAGGAGGGAUUAACAGAGACUGACUUCAAUGAUCUAAAUCUGCAGAAGGAAUUAAGCACAGGAAAAUUUACUGUUUUGUCUGGACGAGACAGUCAUGGUGCAGGAAUAGCAUUAUUUACAGCAAAAUGUCAUCAGCCCUCUGACACGACGCAUCAGGUUGUUCUUAAGGCUCUUAUAUAUCUUCUAGAUGCUGCUUUAGAAAGCCGUGAAACGCAACGUCAUGGGAUUGUAUUUAUCUACGAUAUGUCAGAGUCCAAGUACGGCAAUUUUGAUUAUGACCUCAGUAUAAAGAUCCUCAAUAUGCUUAAGGGAGCCUAUCCAGCGAGAUUGAAGAAAGUUCUGAUUGUUACAGCUCCACUCUGGUUUAAGGCUCCUUUCAAAAUUUUACGUCUUUUUGUGAGAGAAAAACUUAGAGAUAGAGUUUUCACAGUAAACCAAGAGCAGCUACUACAACAUAUACCCCGUGACUCACUUCCACAAAAAUUUGGUGGAAAUCUUAGCGUAAACCAUCGCCAUUGGUUACAGGUGUGUGCUCAAAUUCAUCAGUCAAACUCUGACGUUAUUGAUUCAUAUUUUGUUUCACGAAAACAAUCAGUGUCUCACAGUUCUAGUGAAAACUCAGAUUUUGUACACUUAAAUGAUGGAGGGUUAGAGUCAGAAGAUUCUAAGGAAACAGUUUCUGAAAAACAGAGUAACGAAGAAGGGGAAAAAGAUGAUCUGAUUGAUAUUAAUGGUAUAGAAAAAGAAGUAAAUGUUGAAAAAGAAGGGGGACGAGGUAAAUCGAAACGUAGACAUGAAUCUGAUAAUGCACAUAAUUCCAGUCGUGUUAGUAGUAAAGGUAGUCGAGACUUCAGUGAAUCUCGUCAAAUGGACACAAACAUGGAGGAUAUUCCUCCCCCAAAUCCGUGUAAAAAGCGACCAACGUCACAUGGAUCUAACAUAUGGGAAGAUUCAGUACAUAUGGCUGAGGAAGGCGGGAUGACAGUCGCUGAUCUAGUCAGACAUGUGAAGGAAAAGGGGAAGAAAGGACUUCAUGAUGAAUAUGCUGAAAUCCGACGAGAGCCACCUGCUGGGACAUUUCAUUUAUCAAAAGCCAAGUACAAUCUGCCCAAGAACCGCUACUCUGAUGUGUUGUGCUUUGAUCAUUCAAGAGUUACCUUGCCCCAAACAGAUGGUGAUCCUUCAGCAGACUAUAUAAAUGCUAACUUUGUAGAUGGGUAUAUGCAGAAACGUGCCUAUAUCUCAACACAAGGCCCCUUCUCAAAAACAUUUGGAGAUUUUUGGAGAAUGGUGUGGAUGUCACAGAGUGUUACUAUUGUCAUGACAACCAAGACAAUGGAGAAGGGCCGUGUGAAGUGUGGUCAGUACUGGCCUCUAGAAGAAGACGGGGAGGAACAGAGCGAUGAAUUCAUCGUUACCAACAUGGGAAUGGAGCAUAAUAGAGACUAUACCAUCACCAGUCUCUCACUGCAUAAUACAAAUACAGGACAGGUACGACAAGUGAAACACCUACAGUUCACCAGUUGGCCUGACUAUGGUAUCCCGCCAGCCGCUGGUUUCCUCGACUUUCUUUUACGGGUACGAGCCUGUCAGGCGGAUUCUAUGAGAUUACUAGAGCCUGCAUGGAAUGGUCAUCCUAAUGGGCCGCCCAUGGUAGUACAUUGUAGCGCUGGCAUUGGGAGAACAGGUACAUUUAUAUGUACAGAUAUCAGCCUCCAUAGACUUGAACACAUUCACACAAUCAAUAUACGUGAAACCGUACGUAGAAUUCGUUCUCAACGUGCAUUUAGCAUACAAAUGCCUGAUCAGUAUGUUUUCUGUCACUUGGCAAUAAUUGACUAUGCCAUUAAACAUGAAAUGCUACCAGACACAGACUGGGUCUCACUAGAUGACAGCGACAGUGAUGGAUUUGAUUGAAAAAUAGUGAACCAUUCUGAGAAGUUACCAGACACAGACUGGGUCUCACUAAAUGAAAGCAGUAGUGGUGGAUUAUAUUGAAAAAUAGUGAAUCAUCCAAAUACAGACUAAGUCUCACAUCAUGACAGUGGUAGUGAUGGAUCUGAAUGUAAAAAUGUGAACCAUCCUGUGAAGUUUAUAGGGCUAUUUUUAGACUCAGUCUUUUAUCUAUGACAUAAAAUGUGAUUUUCCUCAUAUGAUGUCUUAUACAUGUAGUGUUGGUGUCUUUUGUAAAUGUGCCACAUGUAUAAAUUUUCUUUUUAUUUCAAGGAAAUUUCUCAGCAGCAAGCAGCGAGUGUUUAAAGGGCAAGGAAUGCCUGACAAUAAGUUACUUUUUAGCUCACCUGUCACAGAGUGACAAGGUGAGCUUUUGUGAUCGCGCGGCGUCUGUCCGUCUGUAAACUUUUGCUUUUGACCACUCUAGAGGUCACAUUUGUCAUGGGAUCUUUAUGAAAGUUGGUCAGAAUGUUCACCUUGAUGAUAUCUAGGUCAAGUUCGAAACUGGGUCACAUGCCGUCAAAAACUAGGUCAGUAGGUCUAAAAAUAGAAAAACCUUGUGACCUCUCUAGAGGCCAUAUAUUUCAUGAGAUCUUCAUGAAAAUUGGUUAGAAUGUUCACCUUGAUGAUAUCUAGGUCAAGUUUGAAACUGGGUCAUGUGCCGUCAAAAACUAGGUCAGUAGGUCUAAAAAUAGAAAAACCUUGUGACCUCUCUAGAGGCCAUAUAUUUCACAAGAUCUUCAUGAUAGUUGGUCAGAACGUUAACCUUGAUGAUAUCUAGGUCAAGUUCGAAACUGGGUCACGUGCCAUCAAAAACUAGGUCAGUAGGUCAAAUAAUAGAAAAACCUUGUGACCUCUCUAAAGGCCAUAUUUUUAAUUAGAUCUGUAUGAAAGUUGGUCUGAAUGUUCAUCUUGAUGAUAUCUAGGUCAAGUUCGAAACUGGGUCAAGUGCAGUUAAAAACUAGGUCAGUAGGUCUAAAAAUAGAAAAACCUUGUGACCUCUCUAGAGGCCAUAUAUUUUCAUGAGAUCUUCAUGAAAAUUAGUCAGAAUAUUCACCUUGAUGAUAUCUAGGUCAAGUUUGAAAGUGGGUCACGUGCCGUCAAAAACUAGGUCAGUAGGUCAAAUAAUAGAAAAACCUUGUGACCUCUCUAGAGGCCAUAUUUUUCAUGGGAUCUGUAUGAAAGAUGGUCUGAAUAUUCAUCUUGAUGAUAUCUAGGUCAAGUUCGAAAGUGGGUCAUGUGCCGUCAAAAACUAGGUCAGUGGGUCAAAUAAUAGAAAAACCUUGUGACCUCUCUAAAGGUCAUAUUUUUCAUGGGAUCUGUAUGAAAGUUGGUCUGAAUGUUCAUCUUGAUGAUAUCUAGGUCAAGUUCGAAACAGGGUCAUGUGCGGUCAAAAACUAGGUCAUAGGUCUAAAAAUAGAAAAACCUUGUGACCUCUCUAGAGGCCAUACUUGUGAAUGGAUCUCCAUAAAAAUUGGUCAGAAUGUUCAUCUUGAUGAUAUCUAGGUCAAGUUUGAAAGUGGGUCACGUGCCAUCAAAAAGUAGGUCAGUAGAUCAAAUAAUGAAAAAACGUUAUGACCUCUCUAGAGGCCAUAUUUUUCAUGGGAUCUGUAUGAAAGUUGGUCUGAAUGUUCAUCUUGAUGAUAUAUAGGUCAAGUUUGAAACUGGGUCAACUGCGAUCAAAAACUAGGUCAGUAGGUCUUGAAAUAGAAAAACCUUGUGACCUCUCUAGAGGUCAUACCCUUAAAUGGAUCUUCAUGAAAAUUGGUCAGAAUGUUCACCUUGAUGAUAUCUAGGUCAAGUUUGAAACUGGGUCACGUGCCUUUAAAAACCAGGUCAGUAGGUCAAAUAAUAAAAAAACAAAAGAACAACAUUGCCUUUCCCUUUAAAUCUAAGCUGGAGGUUAUUUUUGGUAAUCCAUGAUCGUUGAUUACAGAUUUUUGAAAGAAUGUACAAAACUCUAGAAAAGAAUUGGUUCAUUUUAGAACAACUUUGUUGCUUAGUAACUGGACAUUAUGGAAGUAGUGUGAAUUCUUCUCCGUGCAUCAUUUAUUGAAGUAAUUACUAUGCGAUGGACAAACUCUAAAUUUGAACUGCUCUAAGCAGAAUGUGUUUAAUCAUUAUGCACUUAUAGCCUGUUAACAUAUAUAAAUAUGUGCCAUUAAUUGAACUGCAUUCUGUAAGUUAGUAUGUGAUGAGUUCUUUCUCGAGAAUUUAAUUUUUUCAUAUAUGUACAUAUACUUGAGGUCACAGAAACCCAUUUAGCCAAAAACACCUGCAUCAUAUAUCUUUUCAGUUGAAUUUCGGCUAUCUCGAAGCAAAGCACUAGAGCCCUUGGAAUUUAGUAUAUGAGCUGCACCAUGAGAAAACCAACAUAGUGGCUUUGCGACCAGCAUGGAUCCAGACCAGCCUGCGCAUCCACGCAGUCUGGUCAGGAUCCAUGCUGUUCGCUUUCAAAGUCUAUUGUAGCCUGCGCAUCCGCGCAGUCUGAUCAGGAUCCAUGCUGUUCGCUAACAGUUUCUCUAAUUACAAAAGACCAGAUGCGCAGGCUGGUCUGGAUCCAUGCUGGUCGCAAAGCCACUAUGUUGGAUUUCUCAUGGCACGGCUCAUAUCAAGUUUCAGCUUAAAUUGUAGACAAUAAAUAUGUGCCAUAUGAGAGUAUAAGUUAAAAGGUAUCUCAUGAUUUUUCUCAUAGCUGAUGAUCUUCGUUCAUAAAAUUACAUUUACCUCAUUUUACUUGUUGAUAUACACAACUUGAUAUUUGUAAGCUACUGCACCCUUAUAUGACACUAAAUAUAUGCUGCUAUUUUAUUUUAUGUCAGGUUUUUCUAAGAAAUAUUGAAAUAUAUCGUGAAAAUAUCAAGUUUUAACUUUAAGCAUUUCAGAAAGGGAAUGAAAAAAGGUUUUAUUUAGUAACAAUGCCAGUGCAUUUCUGAUGACACUGAACUGUUUUAUUCUAGUUUUCAAUUUAACUUAAAAGUGGGGGAAGGGGCCUCUGUGACAUAGUGGACAUAGUCACUUGUCCUUCGUAAUCUCGCAAUGGAUUUAGAAUUAUUUCAUAUGAGGAAGCCAUUGUUGGCUUACGGUAGGGGGAAGAUUUAACCAGAGUGCCAGCCUGUGAUAUAAUGUAUUGAGGAGCACCUGUGUCUUCCUCCACUAUAAAGAGCUGGAAAGUUACUGUUACGACAUAUAAUUGUGUUGGUGUAAUGUUAAAUGCAGGAGAAAACAAAACACUCUUUAAGUGCAGUGGAUACCUUGGAGGAUUUUUGGAAGUUUUCAUUACUACUUCUUAUUACUUAGGUAUCACCUAUGAGUUUUCAUUUUGCAUAAAACUGUGUUAAUAACUUUCCCCCACAUACAUGUAUAUUGUAUAAUUACCUUUUUAGCUCACCUGAGCAAUGCUCAGGUGAGUUUUUCUGAUCACUCGAUGUCCGGCUUCCGGCGUCUGUCGUCUGUCGUCCGUCGUCUGUCAACAUUUAGCUUGUGUAUGCGAUAGAGGCUGUAUUUUUCAAUUAAUCUUCAUGAAUAUUGGUCAGAAUGAUAACCUUGAUGAAAUCUAGGCCGAGUUCGAAAAUGGGUCAUUUCGGGUCAAAAACUAGGUCACUAGGUCAAAUCAAAGAAAAACAUUGUGUAUGCAAUAGAGGAUGUAUUUUUCAAUUGAUCUUCAUGAAAUUUGGUCAGAGUGAUUGCCUUGAUGAAAUCUAGGUCGAUUUUGAAUAUGAGUUAUCUGAGGUCAAAAACUAGGUCACUAGGUCAAAUUAAAGAAAAAUCUUGUGUAUGCAAUAGAGACUGUUUUUUUUAAUUGAUUUUUAUGAAAUUUGAUCAGGUUGAUUGCCUUAAUGAAAUCUAGGUCGAAUUUGAAUAUGGGUCAUCUGAGGUCAAAAACUAGGUCACUUGGUCAAAUCAAAGAAAAAACUUCUGUAUGUGAUAGAGGCUGUAUUUUUCAGUUGAUCUUCAUGAAUUUUGGUCAGAAUGAUUGCCUUGAUAAAAUCUAGGUCGAGUUUGAACAUGGGUCAUCUAGGGUCAAAAACUAGGUCAUAUCUAAGAAAAUGCUUGUUUUAUCGCAAGAGACCAAUUUUUUGGUCCAAUCUUAAUGAAAAUUGGUCAGAAUAUUUGUUUCCAUGAAAUCACUAGGUCAAACCUGUUUUACACUGUUAUGGAGUGUUUCUUAGGUGAGCGACCUAGGGCCAUCUUGGCCCUCUUGUUUAGCUCGACUAGUCGAGGAAUGGGGGAGCUAUCCCACUCGCCCCGGCUUGAGCGUUAGCGUCACACAAAUGUUAAAGUUUGCGUACCACCCCAAAUAUUUUCAAAGUCCAUUGAGAUAUUGCUUUCAUAUUUUGCAUACUUGUUUACCAUCAUGACCCCAGUCUGUAAACUGGAGCAAACAACUCUAUCAAGCAUUUUGACUGAAUUAUGGCCCCUUUUCGACUUAGAAUAUGCUUAUUGUAAUGUUAAAGUUUGCGUACCACCCCAAAUAUUUUCGAAGUCCAUUGAGAUAUUGCUUUCAUAUUUUGCAUACUUGUUUACCAUCAUGACCCCAGUCUGUAAAAAGGAGGAGGCAACUCUAUCAAGCAUUUUGACUGAAUUAUGGCCCCUUUUCGACUUCGAAUAUGCUUAUUGUAAUGUUAAAGUUCAAGCACUGAAAAUAGUCGAGCGCGCUGUCCGCUGACAGCUCUUGUUUUUUGCAGAAUAGAUGUGGUUUUUUUUGUUUUUUUUCGGAAAACUAUAUAUGAUAUCAUUUGUAUGAGUUAUGAAAAAAUUUAAAGGUCAUUUUUAUUCUGUUUUGGUCACAAUCAGCUGCACUUGGUUUACCCAUCACAUUAUGAGAUACAUAUACAAUUUUUUUUUAAACAUGAAAGUGUGCUUUUGGAUGGUACAUUUGUAUAAUAGCAUGUCUGACAUGUUUCAACACAGCUGUUAGAGGAUGAUUUUCUCAUUCUAGCAGUUCAGGUUUUCACAAAUAGGCGACACUGGAUCAGUUAAAACAAAGUAGAUGAGAGAAGACAUUAUAAAUAACAGAUGAAAACUGAGGUUUCAAUAGCUGCUAUUGUGUUAAAGAGCAGUUGGCAAGCAGAAAAACAGCUGAUUUAUCUAGAUAUCUACUGUAUUUACCCAUUUAUGAGGCGAUCCUUAUAUACAACAGGUUCCUUUUAUUACCUCAAAAUUGCCAGUAUUUUGAAGACACAUUUAUAAAUACUUCGACUCACGUAUUAGACGAGGCAACACAUUGGGUCUGAAUUCUCGUCUUAUACUCUAUGAAAUAUGGCACCAGUAUACAUUUGUUGUUUCAAACAUCAGGGCUCAACUUGAACUCUGUAGAGAACUUGCUCAUAGGGCAGCUUUAUGUGUAUUUUUUCUUGCCCGAACCCAAUUUUUGUUUGCCCAAAUGUAACACAUUGAUGAGAUACGGCAGUAGUACAUGAUUUUCUGAGAAGUAUUUCUUAGGAUCUUUAUAUAUUUCACUUGCCCGAUGGCCAACUGAGUAUAUACUAAGAUAUUUUGCCUGCCUGCACUCCACUUUUACCUACCCCAAGCAAUAGGGCUGUCAUUAAGGUCAAGCCCUGAACAUGUGCUUAAUAAUGAACAGAAUCAAACUUGCAUUUAACACAAGAUAUGGUAUGUAGAAAUCAUCAUAAUUUUGCCCUUUGAACCAGUUUUUAUUUUAAAAUAUAAUGUUAGUUUAUUUUAACCCCUACUUUCUGUUACGGAAUUUUUAGAAGAAGAACAUUGUUAUAUUAUCUUGUUUGUAUGUCACUUGUCUAAUUUUGUUGUUGUUUGUAACUUACCUGUUUCAGUUAAUAUAUACUAGUCAUACUGUAUAAUUUGAUAUUUUCUUACAUAAUGUUCUUAUUUUUAUGCCCCCGAAGGGAGGCAUAUAGUUUUUGAACCGUCUGUCAGUCUGUCAGUCUGUCCACAAUUUUCGUGUCCGGUCCAUAUCUUUGUCAUAGAUGGAUGGAUUUUCAAAUAACUUGGCAUGAAUGUGUACCACAGUAAGACGACGUGUCGCGCGCAAGACCCAGGUCCGUAGCUCAAAGGUCAAGGUCACACUUAGACAUUAAAGGAUAGUGCAUUGAUGGGCGUGUCCGGUCCAUAUCUUUGUCAUCGAUGGAUGGAUUUUCAAAUAACUUGGCAUGAAUGUGUACCACAGUAAGACAACGUGUUGCGCGCAAGACCCAGGUCCGUAGCUCAAAGGUCAAGGUCACACUUAGACAUUAAAGGAUAGUGCAUUGAUGGGCGUGUCCGGUCCAUAUCUUUGUCAACCAUGGAUGGAUUUUCAAAUAACUUGGCAUGAAUGUGUACCACAGUAAGACGACGUGUCGCACACAAGACCCAGGUCCGUAGCUCAAAGGUCAAGGUCACACUUAGACGUUAAAGGUCAUUUUUCAUGAUAGUGCAUUGAUGGGCGUGUCCGGUCCAUAUCUUUGUCAUUCAUGCAUGGAUUUUAAAAUAACUACGCAUGAAUGUGUGGCACAGUAAGACGACGUGUCGCGCGCAAGACCCAGCUCCGUAGGUCAAAGGUCCUAAACUCUAACAUCGGCCAUAACUACUCAUUCAAAGUGCCAUCGGGGGCAUAUGUCAUCCUAUGGAGACAGCUCUUGUUUACAAAUACAGUGCAACCGCUCUUUAGAGAACACCCCUGAGAAAAUAAAAUUACCUUUUUCUGUACAGAGGUAGAUGAUCUGACAAGGUUAUUUUACUAAGAAUUGAAAUAAAGGGGGAAAAGACAUCAGGAUUUCUAGAGAGGUAUUUUCUUUUUAGAGGUGUUGUUAGCAGAGAUUUGACUAAUUGAAUAUUUGCAGUUUCGGACUUAAAACGUUGAACACUAGCACAAGCUAAAGUAAGUUUAACCCUUACCCUGCUAAAUUUCUAUAAUGAACUUGUCCAUCUUUCAAUUUGGAAAGUACCAUUAACUGUUAAAAGGGGUGCAUACAAAAAAAAGAUACUGACUGAAUUGUGAACAGUGCAGGUCAUGAUCAGACUGCCCAGGUAUGCAGGCUGAUCAUGAUCUACACUGGUCGCAAAGGCAGACUUAAUCGUGUCCACCAUGAUAAGGGUUAAGUUGGAGCCUCUUUAUGGCAUAGUGGUUGUGCUUGAUUGACUUUGAACUACUCAGUCCUCUCUAUGUUUUGGCUUAAGUCUCAGCAGUGGUUUAGUUUCUUCUCACGGAGGGUGGUUGGUUCUACGUAGAUGCCCGUUUGUGCCUGAAAUGGUGCUUUGUGGGCAACUGGAUUCUUCGUGUAUAAAUGAUAAUUAUUCUUAAUUGUGUUAAAAGUCCAACAGCCUGCCCACCUGGCUCAUUAGGGAGAAUUGCAGAUCUAUAAAUUGUGGGGUCAUUAGAUUGAUCCCUGAGGGAGGCAUAAUAUUCUCCAUGACUGUUUGAAAGAAGACAUUUUGUUUGAAAUCAUUUGUCCUGUACCUCUGAUAUAAAAAUGUAUGUGGAUAAGUUGGCAGCCACUUGUGGAGAACAGGGUAGUACUGGUACAGAAUCCGAGAGCACUGGUUAGGUUUAACUGUCCACCAUUACAUAACUGAAAUACUGUUGAAAAAUGGUGCUCUGUCCAAAACAAACAAAAGUCAAACAAACAAGCUGGGGUGGAGAGGUUGUCCUUGUAGAAUUAUGACUAAUUUUAAAGUAAAAAAGGCACUUUAUAGAGUUUUAUUUUUACACAUUAAAAUUUUGAUUUUAUUAAAAAUAUCAGUACUUAUAACUUAGGUUGUUGAGAUUUUAAAUCAGGGUAAAUAGAUGUACUUAGUUGAAUUACAAGGAAAUUCAGGGAUUUUACAAGAAAAGAAAUUUUGUACACAGUCAUGUAAGAUUCUUAACUUUUUGUUGUUGGUAAACCCUAAUAGGGUUAUAAUUCCACUUAAAGGUUAUUAGUGUUGUAUUACAAGACAUGGACAAGUUUGACUUUAGUAAAAUUAUUAAAAAUAUGAUUUGUUAGUGAGCUUUUUAAUGCGACAACACCCAUUAAUAUUAUGCCAUGAAAACUGCUUAUUUCAGUACUGACAUUUUGCAAAGUUUUUUAUAUACAUUUUGUAAGCACAUAGAAAAGGAAGAUAAGUAUGCAGUUGUAUACUUAAUGUCAGCUUUUUUUUGUUUUUAAACUUUUAUCGGGUAAAAAUUUAACAUUUACUAAUUAAUCUCAUGUUUUAUUUCAAUAAAAGCAUAAGAAUUAUUAUGGUAUUUCAGGGUUGUGCUUCUGCACCAAAUAAGACAGCCACAAGCAAAUGAAAUUAAUUCUUUUUAAACUUUUAAUCUGUGAAAUCCAACAGGUGUUUUGGCCAGUCCGCUUUUUCAUGUUUUCCCCAAAACAGCAGUUUUUUGCCAAAACUUUGACAUUUAUAUUGACGAUAUUUAAUUAUAUAUCGCUUGCCUCUGAAUUCAUAGGUAAAGCUGUUCUUGAACUGAGGAGGUUUUAGGGGCUAUGGACAAUUGCUUUGACAUCAUAAUUAGUGUCUGCAAGUCAGGAAGAAUUUUUAUCUUAUGUGACUCGCAGUAUCAAAUUCGUAUAGGUGUUGGCAGAUCUUGAGGCAUGGAAAAAGUACAGAUAAAUUAAUUUCAUGUAAUAUCAUAUUUGUAUCAUGCAACUAUUGUUUUACACAGAUUUUCUACAUCUUUUACAUACUACAGGAGUGUUUUAUAUAUAAAUACAGCAUAUAAAUGUUUGACUCACUAAUUACUGACUGAUAAAAGCACUAAUUUUUUAAAAACAUAUUAUUAACUUAAUCAAAAUAUUCUAACCCAAAAAAUAAUAAACAACAAAAAUGUUACUGGUCAUUUUGUGGUAAAACUGAGUUUCAUCUUGAUCAAUUGAUUAAACACACAAAUGCUUAUUAAGUAAAGUUGGAAGAUAGCGUCUUUGUCCAUAAACAAGAUCUCAUUUGGUUAUCACAAGAUUUAGGGAGAUUUUACGCUACGUUCUUCUGAUAGUUUCAGAUCUGAUUUGUUUAAUAGAUCACCUGUGAUUUACUGACUAAAUCAACAUAAUUAAAUAACUACAUGAAAAUGGCAAAUCCUGCAAGGCCUAAAUAUUUUUGCACAGAUAUACAUUACUAUUCGGUAUAUAAUUCUGACCAAAUUUUUUAACAGCUAUAAAACAUUUUUAUAUUCAUAUUUUUUAAAGUUAUGUUAUGCCCAAAUGUUAUAUCUACAUCUAAUACUGCACAUUAUCUACGUAGACAUGAAUUGUACAUGUUUUUGUGUAUAAAUACUAUUGUUUUCUAGGUUAAAAAUAAUACAAACUAAACUAUUAAUAGAUACAUAAUUUUAUGUAAAGACAUUAUGAAUGCGUACUACCACGAAAAAGACUGGUAGUUUUUUUAACAACAUGACAUUUGAUUGUAAAUGUAGCUCAAUGUAAGAAAUUGAUUUAUAUAUUUAGCCAACUUAAAUAUAUUUGAUCAGGAUUUUCAAUAUAUAGAGUUACUGAAAUAUUUGGUAAAAGUUGUGCAUAGGAUGUUUUUUUCUGGUUUAUUAUACUAAUGAAAAUUCUGGGAGAGCAUGGUUUUUUAAAUAUAUGAAAUAUUUUGAUGCUUAUUUAUCAUACUAAAUAUGACUUAUUUUUCUUUAUCUUUGUUUAAUAUUCACCCCUACUAUAGCUCUAAAAUGAAGUCACAUUAAAUUUGAGGUAUAUAUAUGGAUAAUAUCAAUGUUUUAAACAUUUUCCUUUAAUAAUCUUAAUGUAUAUCAUGUUUUGAUAUUGUUAUAUGUGCUUGCAUGGUCAGUAAAGUUUUGAUUUGUAAUAAAUAUGUUGUCUAUUUUGUAUAAAAUGGUAAUAAAAUUGUCUGAGAUAAUUAACAUAA